UACUCAUUCAUGGAUAUUGAAAAACUCUUCCGGUAAGUGUUAUGUAAAAAAAUUGGGACCUCUAUCUCGUGAAUGUAUGGUUUUAAAAUGCAUGAGGCGGCAUGCGAUGGUUACCGGUACAUCUGUAUAUAUGCAUUAUGCAUAUACUCUUAUAUAUUAGUUAUAGAGUUUCAGUAAUGUUGUCGAAAUUAUUGCCGCCAAACACAUCUUAUCCAUGAAUUUAAUUUCCUCAAAUUAAAGGAGAGAACAAAAUGGAUUAAGUGGGCUCCACAAUGGAUGCAAGAUUCGCCUAAAUUAUAAUAAAUAAAAUCCACGUCAUUAGACCUUUCCACAUAAAACAAAAUAAUCCACCUCACUAAAAUUAAAGUCCACGUCACUGUUUUUUUUUGGCAUUUUUUGAAUUAUUUUAAAUUAAUUAUUCAUUUUCAAGAACAAAUUCGAAGGCUCAUAAUUAUAAAUCAUGAUUAUGGUCCGAUAUCAGUAUAGUGGGAGCAAAAUGGUCGUAAAUUAUAUUUCAUAAUCGAAAAAAAUAUAACCGUAAGUACAAAAAACAUUUGUACGGGAUUAAAUAUGUUAAUCAAUAACGGUAACAAAAAAUCUGUAGUUUCUAAUUACAUAAUUGCAAAUUGAGGAGAGAGUUUGUUACAAGUUUUUGAGAAUCAAAGCGUAUAUUGUGUGGAGCGGAUAAAUCAUAUUUUAUUUUUAUUUUUGGUGAGAAGAGACUAUAUAGUAUUGUAGCAAUUGACUUUAAAUAUUUCCAUAAAUAGUGCUGUAAUGAGCGGGCUACGAAAACCUUAUAUACACAUCCCGUGUACUUCGGUAACGUCUGAGACAUCAUUUCUUGCGAGGAAAUAAACAAGUUCGGAUCUUUGCGCCUUUAUUUUUUGCCCUCGUUUCGCGUAUCGGAGCUCUACAGUUUAACGAAUCUCUGUGGAUGCAACGGAGAUUCAUAUUUAGGGUUUUAGUCGACGCUCCUUGAUACGGAGGUUCCGCUUCUUUUUUUUUUUUUUCUGGGUUUGUGUUGUUGAUGCGAUGGGCGCGAGCAUCUCGGGCGGUUCGCCGGAGUUUGGUCGGAACGGUGGCGUUCACUUGGUCGAUGUGCCGGAGAACUGCAUGGCGUUGAUAAUGAUGAGGCUUGACCCACUGGAGAUCUGCAAAUUGGCUCGUCUCAACAGAGUCUUCCGUCGCGCCUCGUCGGCCGAUUUCAUAUGGGAUGAUAAAUUGCCUCAGAAUUACAAAGCCAUUGCGCUGAAGGUGUUUGAUGAAAUUACUCUGAAGAAAUUGAGGAAGAAAGAUCUUUACGCGAGGCUUUGUCGGCCCAUUCCCUUCGACGGUGGCACAAAGGAAUUAUGGAUAGGUAAGAACACGGGUCGUCUUUGUUUGUCGAUUUCUUCCAAGGCGUUGAGGAUUACUGGCAUUGAUGAUCGGAGAUACUGGAGUCAUAUCCCGACCGAUGAAUCCAGAUUCCAGUCAGUUGCAUAUGUUCAACAAAUAUGGUGGUUUGAAGUAGGAGGAGAGUUUGAGAUCCAGUUUCCAUCUGGAACCUACAGCCUUUUCUUCCGUGUACAGCUCGGUAGAACAUCGAAGAGGCUGGGCCGAAGGAUCUGCAACUCAGAACACAUCCAUGGCUGGGAUGUAAAACCUGUUAGGUUCCACCUCGCAACUUCAGACAGCCAACAAGCAGUCUCACAAUGUUAUCUUAGCCACAGUCAUGGAAACUGGGUUCAUUGUCACGCUGGAGACUUCAUAGUCAAAAAUUCAGAAAUAUCAACGAAGAUCAGAUUCUCGAUGACCCAGAUCGAUUGCACCCACACCAAAGGUGGACUAUGUUUAGAUUCUGUUCUGAUACUACCCAGAGAAGGUGCAAAAGAGGUUCUUGGUAUAACACAGUUUUGUAGACAGUGAGAUAUUCUAAAGGAUGAGAAUCUUUAAAGACAAGCCUCGAUCAUCAUAAUGAUUACGGGGUUCGGUUCAUACCAUCAUCUUUGAUGAUCCCAGAUCUAUGGAACUUGUAUCUGCUUUUCUCUUGGGAGAACCUGUACAUAUGGUCUGGUCGAGUUGGUUUUGUCUGUAUACAAUUUCCUCUGUUAAAGAUAAUAACAUGGCUUCUUCUUCGGCAGAAGAUUCCUGCA